AUGAAUAAUUCCAGCUUCCAGAAAGCGGUCAAUGAGCUGCCUCGGCCUGACAUUGACUGGUACGACGUGACAAAUGUUGUGAAAAGGGCUCCCCAAUAUAUCAGCAAAUUAGGGUCUACCGAAAAAAUCUCCGAUCCCGAGUUUGACAGGAUUGUUUCUGAAAUCAAGGGCCUUGAUAAGCAGUUUGAGACCUUUGAGCUGAGCUUGCAGAAGCACCGCAACUCGAUGUCGAAAUUACUGGCACACAGUAUUUCCAUAGGUCUGUGUUUCAGAGACUUAAGCAGCCAGUCUGAAGGCGGGAUCCUCAAUAAACAGCAACUGUCGAUGUUUGAUCGCGCAACGCAGUACGUCGAACAGUACAAGAUGCUCCAGCCUGGGAUGGAGGAGGAGACCAAGCUAUUUGAGGAACGCGUUGGCGAGCACUUGAAAAAAGUAUCAAAACAGAUUAAAAACGCCAACAAGGCUAUCAAGGAACGCCACUACGCAAGUUUGGACUACGAGAAAUACCAGCAGGAGGUUCAGAAGCUUGCAGACAAGCCAGACUUGAGUUUGAAAGAGCACAAACGCAAGUUCGAGGUUCAAAAAAGACUCGACGAGGCCAAGCUCAAGUACGACCUUCUGAACAACAAACUAAAAAUGGAGCUGCCCCUGUUCAUGCUGAUCAUCAAGCAGAUUAUGAGCCAGGUGUUUGUGAUGACCUAUUUUGCUACUUUUACGAUUUUCCACAACCUGUACGCCACGUGUGCGUCUCUGUCCAGCGAGUUCAAGAUCGACCUUGAGACGUUGCAGUACGACACCGAUAUGGAAAACAUGCGGCGGAAUUUCACCGCCGCUCAAGAGCGUGUCGUCGAAUCUAUCGAACAGCUAUCUGUGGUGAAUUUCCACCAGAUCUCGCUCAACAAGCUGCAGAUGAAGGUCCUUGAGACCACGGCUCCCGCAGAGACGUGCGUGGCCAUGUACAAUUUUGAUGCUUCGCAGCCCGACGACCUGAGUUUCCGCGAGGGCGACCGUAUCAAGAUCCUGGACAGAAGCAACCCGGGGUGGUGGCGCGGCAUGAAGCUGACCGACGGCACCACAGGUAUUUUCCCCUACAACUACGUGCGGCUUUUGUAA